AUGGAUGACGUUGAUGAAGGCUGCUACUGCAACUGGAUCGGAUGUUUUGGGAGACAUCUAACUCCAGUUCUCUUUCGACAAGUAAAAGACUUUCAAAAGAUGAACCACUUUCCUGGUUCUUUCGAGUUGGGUCGUAAGGACCUCCUGACAAUAAAUCUAUCCAAAAUGCGCGCUCGAUUCGGCAGUGAGAAUUUCAGCUUCUAUCCGACAACAUUUAUUUUGCCGCGCGAAUUCUCCAGGUUGAAAGACUCAUGGAGGCAGGCAUUGGACCGAAGCGCACCUCGUCACAAAAAACGCAAUACACCCGCCAGUGCAAGAGGAGUAGGUAUACAUCUAGUCAACCGGUUAACAGAAGUGCCCAGACGAAAGAAGUCCAUCGCCCAGGUCUACAUCUCCAACCCCUAUCUGAUUGGUGGAAACAAGUUUGAUCUGCGGUUAUACGUCUACAUGACCAGCGUGGAUCCGCUACGCCUCUACAUUCACAAGAAUGGCCUCGUACGGUUCGCUUCCCAAAAGUCUUUGGAGGAAUUGUGGCGAUAUCUCGAGGAGCAGGGACGAGAUACGCAAAAGCUGUGGAGAGAAAUAAAGUCGAUAGUAUUCAAGACAAUGGCUUCGGCGGUGUCUAAGAUGGCUAGUCUUGUGGUUCAUCACGUUGCCAGUCGCGAGAGUGUUCACGAGCUGUUUGGCUUCGACAUUCUCCUCGACUCAGAACUCCGACCCUGGCUCUUGGAGGUCAACAUCUCUCCGAGGUUCAGCUUUCCAUUUGAUAAUGGUUUGACCUAA